GUGUGCAACUGGAACACCCUUAAUACUUCAUAUUUACUGCAACUCAACAGGACUAAUAUAACAUGCCUGGAUCCAGAGGAGACAUGUAAAAAAGCACAGUACAACGCAAAUAACUGUAGCAGUGAUGAUAAAACAAACAUUAUCGUUAUCAAUAAAACAGCUACUUGUUAUAAGUGUGGGAAUCCUUUUCAGCAGCUGACUACCAUACAUACUUCAAUCUCAUUUGAAGAUAAAGAGAUAAAUGCUGGAAAGGCCGCUGAGACAAUGAAAAACAUGUCCAGCCUGUUGUCUCAGAUGGGGAAUAAUACUGCUGUAUCUGUGUCUAUGGGUAAUGUUCAGGGUGUUUUAAAGAAAAUUCAGAAUGAGAACGAAAUCACGACAUCGGCCCUUGUCUACACUCCAGAAAAAGGUGUCAUUAUUUUAGAUGAUCCAAACGCAAUGGCAAGUUUCCCCUGUUCUUUCACUAUUCCAAAAGAAGCCACUGAGAAAGCAUUCAAUCAAACCAAUGGCACGUCUUUUCUGGCUGUGUUUCGAUUUCCUAACAUGACCAAGGAUAAAAACGACACUGAAUAUUUGGAUGAUCAAGUUUAUGCAAUUGAUAUGGGGACAAAAAUUUCCAAUCUAAAUGACACUAUCAUCUUAACCUUCACAUAUAAAAAGGAUAAGGUUCCUCUUUGUGUAUCAUGGGAUGGAAAUGGAAAUAAACCAAACUGGACCACAGAUGGCUGUAAUACUUCUACUGUUGAAAACAAGAUACAGUGUUCAUGUACUCACUUGACUUUCUUCGCUGUGCUUAUGAGUACUGCAGAUCCUAUACCUUACCAAGACCUUGUCACGCUCUCCUACAUCACCUAUAUCGGCUGUGGCCUGUCUAUGUUCUUCCUGGGCGUCGGCCUCUUCAUGCACUUCCUCUUAAGGAAAGCGAAGGCCAGUGAUUCAGUCCACGUGUUAAUAAAUCUCUUUGUGGCAUUGUUCCUGCUGAAUCUGGCUUUCCUGUCCAAUGAAUAUGUCGCAGGCAUGAAGAACACAAUCGGCUGUCGGAUCAUGGCUGGAUUUAUGCACUACUGCAUGUUGGCCAGCUUCACCUGGUUUGCCGUGGAGGCUUUUCAUCUCUGUCUGCAAAUGGCCAAACACACGGUCCGUAUCCAGGAUUACAUCUUAAAGAUAUCUGUUGUUGGAUGGGUUCCUCCUGCUAUUAUAGUGACUAUCAUUUACUUCCUUGGCAAAUAUGGUGAGAAGACCAUAGAGACCGACACAAGCAACAACGCCACAAUGUGCUGGAUUUUAGACAACACCGUCCACUACGUGGUGAACAUUGGUUAUUACUCCUUUGUUUUCGUCUUCACGUUCAGCACCUUCAUUGUGGUUCUGCGAUGGCUCUGCCUGUUUAGGAGCAAAAGAUGGCAAAAGAUGGAGAAGGCCAAACGCCCGAAAACCGGCUCUUCUGACAUAACCACCAUCAUGGGUCUCUGCUGUCUGCUAGGACUUACCUGGAGCUUCAGCUUCUUCAGUUAUGGAGCUAUGCGCUUGCCUUCGUACUACAUAUUCACCAUCCUGAACUCCUUUCAAGGAUUCUUCUUAUUCAUAUAUUACAUCAAAUCGACCAGCCUCUUUGGAGAUCCUGAACCCGCAGAAAGCGCGAUAACAAGUGAGGACACCAGAACAGAAAAUCCAUAUGAAACCUAACUAGAUUGCCACAUUUAGUUAGUGCUGUAUAAGAGAGUUAGAGUUAGCUGUAUAAUAAUGUUGUUUAGGUAGAAAGAGUUUAGAUAAGUUACUAUAAUUUACUUGUAUUGUAGAGCUGUGUUAUAUUUUUCUUUUUACUCUGUAUUAUGUUAUUGAAACACAUAUAUUUUUAAAAUGUAUAUUUUUAGCUACAGUUAAUUUAUCUUUCUAGGUAAAAUAUAUGUUACUCUUAUAUGCAAUGUUGGGCAAAACAGCUGUAAGCUAAUGUUUUAUAUCAAUUUUAUUGUUUGUCUAUUCACCUUUCUGUUGUAUUUUCUGAUUUUGUUUACAUUAAAUGGUAUCACUAUUGUUUUUAACCAUACAAUUAUUAUUAAUAAUUAUCAUUAUUGUUUGCAAUCUUUUUGAAUUUAUUUAACUGUUAACAUUUAAUAUAUAUAGUGAUUUACUAUUUUUUACACAAAAAACCAUCCUACAUAAUAUAAAGACAAUUCUUUAAAAAUAGAACCUUGAUAUAUUUAAUAUUGACUAAGAUCAAUGAUUUAUAAGCAAUGUAAAUCAAAUCAAACUUUAUUGCUUUAUUAAACUUAAAAAGAUAUUAAACUGUAUCUAGGACUUCACAGAAAGGGUCACAGUUCAUAUCAUGUUUAUCAAUAUAUUUUUGUUUAUUUCGGUGAAUGGAACCCAUGUCCUGCUGUCUUUAUAAACAUUAAUAAAAUAUAAUUAAACAUG